AAUCAACACAAUAUGACAUAGUUUACAAUUUACGAAACCGGUUUUUUCUCCUUAUCUUUAGCUUGUGUGUACUAAAUCCAAUGUUUAUCCCAUUUUCCCAUAGUAUUGUUGCCACCUACUAUUGAUGUAGUUUUAUUUUUUUAUUGUUUUUUGAAUCUUGGGUUGGUUGAAAGUUUUUAACUUUUCUUAAUUCAUAUGCAAGUUUUGUGUUUGAUUGAAUACUUCUAAGAAAAGGGUAUUGGUUCUUCUUGUCGUUGGAUGCUUGAAUUUCUGAACAUAUUUGACAGCAAUCAUGCAUUAUCGUUCAAAAACUUGUAUAGAUUUGCGGGUUUUGCUAGAAUUACUGGUUCAAGAUUGCUAAUGGUAGGCGUGGACUCUGGAUGCCCCUACAAUCUUAAGCUUUCGCGUGUUCUGAAUUCAAGAAAGGUAGUAGAUUUUGCUCGGCGAGUAGAGAAAUAGACAACCUAAAUUAAUUUAGAUGGGGCAUUCUGCAGCAGUAUGGGACUUUAGAGCAGCAACUGAAAUUACAAAGGACCAGAAUGGAAUCGGUCAAGUUGUACUUCGGACUCCACAAGGUGCUUCAGCACGGGUGAGCUUACUUGGAGCACAGGUCACUUCAUGGCGUAAUGAGCAGGGAGAAGAACUUCUAUUCACAAGCAGCAAGACAAUUUCGAAGGCGCUAAAAGCAACGCGGGGAGGAAUUCCUAUAUGUUUUCCACAGUUUGGAAACUGUGGAUCUCUGGAGCUGCAUGGAUUUGCAAGAAAUAGAAUGUGGGCAGUUGACGAGAAUCCUCCUCCUCUGCCUGCAAAUGAUUCCAGUGGAAAAUCCUUUGUCGACCUGCUACUCAAAUCAUCUGAAGAAGACAUGAAAUGCUGGCCACAUAGUUUCGAGUUCCGCCUUCGAGUGUCUGUUACGAAAGACGGAGACCUAUCCCUGAUAUCACGAAUCAGGAAUAUCAACGGAAAGCCAUUUAGUUUCUCGUUUGCAUAUCACACAUAUCUAUUGGUUUCUGACAUUAGUGAGAUAAGGAUUGAAGGUCUCGAGACACUUGAUUACCUGGACAAUCUUUUCCAGAAAGAACGUAUUACAGAACAAGGAGAUGCGAUAACAUUUGAAUCUGAGGUGGAUCGUGUUUAUCUUAGCUCCCCAAAUGUAAUUGCAGUUCUAGAUCAUGAGAGGAAACAAACUUAUGUUAUAAAAAAGGAAGGUCUCCCUGAUGUUGCCGUGUGGAAUCCGUGGGAGAAGAAAUCGAAGUCAAUGGUGGACUUUGGAGACGAGGAGUACAAACAGAUGCUAUGUGUAGAUGCAGCAGUUAUAGAGAAACCUGUGAACUUGAAGCCUGGAGAGGAAUGGACAGGGCGGCUUCAACUCUCCGUUGUGCCAUCAAGUUUUUGCAGCUACAAUGUCGGUCUCGACAGUAGUGGUCUUUGAGAAGAUGGAACUGUACAAAAUAUAAUUUUAUCAGUGUGUUACAUUCUGAUAAGUUAUUUAUGGCAAAUAGUAGUGAUUUGUAGGAGUAUCAGGUUUUCUGCUGUCUUGUUUUUAUGCUACAAUGCAACUUCUAGUUCUAGAAAGAAAAGCCUAUUUUGUUUUGUGAGAAUGGCUGUCAAAUUUCGGAUAUUCUAAAUCUUUUGUGAAA